AUGCGGCUGGGCGGCCUAGAGAGGCCGCUGUGUGUGUCGGUUCCCGGUCUCGCAUGCUUGUGGACUUUAUUAGCAAUGGUGACUAUUGAACCCCGUGAAUCAUACUCUGGAGUUCUUUUUGCAGUUGAAAGUGAGGCAAAGGCAAAAACCAGAGUCCGCUUCGAGGAAAUCUUCAGGCAUCAUGCUGGUCUAACAGACACAAAGAAAUCAAAGAAAAAGAAGUUUCACACUCAAGAGAAUAUUGUGCUUGACACCUUUAAAAGUAAUAUUGAUCUAGCUAAGGAGAGUGUGAAUGAUGAAGCGAUUAUAAACAACACAUAUAAUCCUGAAGAAGAGAGCCCUCGAUUUAAAAAAAAUAAGCUGAGAGAGAAAGUCUCAAUUGCAGAGAAAAUAAACAAUGAUAUUCUUAGUGGAGAGCAGGACAUGCAACCAAAGUCUACCAAGAAGAAAAAGAAAUCACUGUUACAGGAACAAUUUAAUGAGGAGGAAAAUUUAUAUGAAACUAAAUUGGAGAGUUUUGAGGAAAAGAUUAAUGAUUUUCCAAAGAAGAACACAAAAAAUAAAUCACAAACAGAUGUACCUCAUCAAGGAAGCAAUAAAAAGAUUAAAAAUUCCUUGACUGAAGUGAGAAAUGUAAGUGAAUUAGAAGAGGAAGAAGAGCUAAUUCGAGCCUAUCAGAUGCAUGUGGCUGAGGAUGAGGCAAACGCAAUUAAAAAGAAAAUAAAAAUGAAACUUAAAGAGCAGAUGUCUGAAUUUACCUCUACUGUUCAAAGCCAUGAAGUUGUAUCGAGCAAUGAAGUGAUCAAAAAGAAGAAAAAGAAGAAAGAAGUAACAGUUUUAAGUGAAACUGAAACAAGCGCAAUGUCCCUUUCUGAGCUACAGCAUCAUCCAGCAGAAGAUGGUAAUGAAAAUCAGUCAUUGGAAAGACUAUCUACAUCAGAAGAACAGAAACUGGAGGAAAGCAUAGAAAAACAAAAAGCUAAAGCAAAGAAGGUUAAAAAGAAAACCAGAAAAGAAGAAAACACAGAAGUUGCUGCAGAAAAUGAUGAGGUGAAUAACUCAGAAAUUUCAGCUCAGUCUAAGCUUGGAUUUGGUGAUGAUCUGGUGUUGGGAGUUUAUAUCCAUCGAUCUGAUCGACUUAAAACCGAUCUCCUGUUAUCUCAUCCUGUGGUUAAAAUUCAUGUUGUUGAUCAGAGAACUGGCUUAUAUGUAAAGAAGGAUCAGAGCAAGAAGAAAGUUUCAUCUCACCAGGAACAAGAACAAAUGGAGCACAUUCUUCCUGUUAUGACACAACCAUAUGACUUCAGACAGUCUAAAUCAACAGUUCCGGAGUGGGAGGAGCAAGUCAUAUUUAAUAAGUGUUUUAGUUAUUUUAUUCAAAACACUGAAGAAAGCCCUCAAAUAAUCCUGUUUUUUGAGAUCCUUGAUUUUCUAAGUAUGAAUGAAGCGAGAGCCAACUCUGAUGUACAAAUGCAAGAACGUGGUUUCCGAAAAAUUUGUUGGGCCUUUCUAAAGCUUGUAGGUGCAAAUGGAGUUCUGAACAUUGAUAGAAAACUCCGUCUGCAAUUAUAUAACCCACCUCCAAGGACCAAGGCACGUUCAAAUGUGGUUGAGAUUUAUGACUGGUGGGAAAAAUGUCCUAGAAAUCGUUACCCAUCAACUUUAUAUGUCACUGUAAGAGGCAUAAAACUGCCAGAUAACGUUGCUCCUUGUUUCCCCUCUAUGAUAGCUGGUCAGCAGGAAGAAAGUAGUGCAACAUUGUGUGAACUCCAGGGAGAAGGAUCUAAAAAAUCACGUGAACCUUUUCCAGAGGAGAAAAAGGAGCCAUUUAAAUGGACAAGAUUGCCUGGACAGGCUUGCCGCAUACCCAACAAGCUCCUGUUUUCCCUGCGAGCUGGAGAUAUGGGCUGCUUCUGUAUUCGUUUCUCUCAUGACGGAAAAACACUGGCAGCAGCAUGUGCAGGAAGGAAUGGCUAUCCCAUUAUUUUGUAUGAAAUCCCUUCUGGACGGUUCCUGAGAGAAUUUUAUGGUCACCUUAACAUAGUGUAUGAUCUAUGUUGGUCAAAAGACAAUCAAUGCCUUCUUACUGCAUCUUCUGAUGGCACUGUAAGAAUAUGGAAAAUUGAAACACAGGCGGCAUAUGCAGUGAGAGUUUUCCCUCAUCCUUCAUUUGUGUACACUGCAAAGUACCACCCAACUGCUGACUCCUUGGUCGUGACAGGAUGUUAUGACUCAGUGAUUAGAAUCUGGAAUGCAAAUGUGAAAGAAAUCUAUGGGCAACUACUACAGGAGCUUGAUGGUCACAAAAGUUUUGUCAACACACUUUGCUUUGAUACAGAAGGGCUCCACAUGUUCUCAGGAGAUAGUUCAGGACUGAUAAUAGUUUGGGAUACAUCUGUCAGAGGAAGUUUUACUCACUGGAAGAUUAAUAAGGAAAUAGCAGAAAAUGAUAUUAAAGGAACACCAAUAAACCAUUUGGAGAUGCAUCCAAAUGGAAAACGUUUAUUAAUCCAUGCCAAAGACAGUACCCUGAGAAUCAUGGAUCUCAGAAUCUUGGCUACAAAGAAAUACAUUGGUGCUACAAAUCACAGAGAAAAGAUCCACAGCACCUUAACACCAUGUGGCACCUUACUGUUUUCUGGAAGUGAAGAUGGAAAGGCUUAUGUUUGGAAUCCAGAAACAGGAGAUCAAGUGGCCAUAUAUUCUGAACUCUCCUUCACAUCUCCACUUCGUGAUGUGGCCUUUCAUCCACAUGAACACAUGGUGUCGUUUUGUGCCUUUGGUCCAAACCAGCCAAUACUUGUAUACAUAUAUGAUUAUAAAGUUGCACAACAGGAAGCUGAACUCAUAAAAGAUCUCAGUUCAUCACUUACCACAGCUGCACCAAGAGGGCCACAGUUCCUUAGCAGUUUUUCUGAAAUUCCUGUACAGAAAAGUUCAGUGAUGUCUCCAACAGAUCAGUUUGUCAGUGUUGCAAGAGCAUCAGUGAGAAUGCAGAAGGUGAAACAAAAACUAGAUUCUGUAAUGGCAAGCUCAAAUCUCUUGCUUCCUGCAUCAUCAUCACUGUCGCCAGACUCCAAGCUAAGACUGCCAAGCACUCCUCUGAAUCCCCUGUAUUCGUUCCCUAAUAAAAGUGGGUGUUUCAGCCCAGUAGGAAAUCCUCUUAGCCGAACACUAUUGGGUAGACUACAGACGAAUGAUGACUGCCUGACUGCCCUGGGACUGAGAGGAGGAAGCAGUUGUCCACUUAGGCAAGAGACAGUAGUGGCUCUUUAUGACUACACAGCGCAUCGAUCAGAUGAGCUAACCAUCCAUCGCAGUGACAUUAUCCAAGUGUUAUACAAAGAUAAUGAUAACUGGUGGUUUGGCAGCCUAGCAAAUGGACAGCAAGGCUAUUUUCCAGCUAAUUAUGUGGCUGGUGAAAAAGAAUAUGAAGAACAACCUUCACGAUUAAUACCAGAUUCUGCUCCUCUCCUACCUGAAGGACCAACAGAGGCAGAGGAAGGUUCUCCAACACUACAUAAGAUGUCACCAGUCAUCAGUAAGUCAAGGGACCUAAAAUGUAGUUCAGAGCAUGACACAAAUGAAGCCUCACCUGCUACACAAGUUGAAAAGAAAAAGAAGAAAAGGAUACAGAGAAAUGAGAGGGAAAAUCAGCACAACUUAAUGGGUCUCGAUACUCCUGUAUCAUCAGUUACCACUAAUGGUGCUGAAAAUGAACCUACAGCCCACAGGGUGGAAUUGAGGAAGAAGAAAAAGGCAGCAAGAGGCUCAAACUUAAGCACAAAUGGAAAGACAAAUACUGCCUUUGAGCCUGAAUGCUAUGAUGUAUAG